AUGAAAAAAGUUACUUAGUCUACAGCAUCAACCUUUCAACCUAAACGUAGUCUUGCAAAAGCAAAAAGUCAAAAUUAAUUUGAAGAAACAGAUCCUGCUUAAAGAGGUUACAAAUUUAUAAUAUGAAGAUAGGAAAAUAAUAAGAAUGAGAAAUGUUGUUGAUUUAGGAGAUGUUUAAGAGGAUAAUAAAAAAAAUUAAAAGAAGAAUGGUAAUUCUCAAAAUACUAAUAAUUAGAGGAUCAAAUUGACCCUUUACUUGAACAACUUGAUUAAUGGCAUGAAAAUAUUAUGUCAAAGAAAAAGACUUUUGCAUUUGAAUAAGUUAAACAAAAUGAUAACAAUAAUAAAUUGAUUGAAAAUGAAUUUACAUUAGAUUAUGGACCUUAGAUAAAUUCUAACAUUAUUAAUCAAAUAAUGAAACCAACAGAAUUACCUCAUUUUAAAACUGAAGAAAAUAAUGAUGAUGUAUAAGUCUAAUUCCAAAUGCUUAGACCAAAUAAAGAAUCUGGAAAUGUUUUAAAGACAUUAGAUCAAGUAAGAAUAGAAAUGAAUAAAUAAAUCUUAAAUAGUCUUCUUCUAUAAAAAGUGACUAAAAAACUUGAUGAAAUGAAUAUCAAUAGAAAACAUAAGACUAAUUGGAAUAUAUAACGUAUGGAUGAAGAAAUAACUUAAGUAUUUAGAGAUUAAUCACAUGUUUUGAAACAAAGAACUUUAAAUAAUUUUAAAGGAUUAACAGAAUAUUUUAGUAAUCCUGCAUAAUACAUUGAUUAUGAUGUGGUCUUAUCAAAAGCUAAAUAUCAUUCUAAUCGUCCACCAACAUCAUUUCCAACAACUUAAAUUCCAUAAUAACAACAAAAUUCAACAUCUGCAAAGUCUUUGAUGGAAAGUUAUCAAUUAUUUCAAACAUAAAUAAAAGAGCAUAAAAAUAUAUUAUUUUAAAUGAGAAUUGAUAAUAAUAAUUUAGUUUAAGAAUUGAAUCGUUAUGAGGAAGAAGUAUAGGAUAUAAGAAGAAAGUUUUUUAUUAAAGAAGAAAAGGCAAGAUAGGGAUCAAUUCCUGAAUAAUAAAAUGAUGUUGUUCCUAAUAAAAAAAGAAAUCUAAUGGAUAUAAUUGAAAAAAUAAGAAAUUAAAGAGAUCUAGAGAUUAAAUAAAGAACAAAGGAAAUAUAAUCAUUAAAAAAAUUAAUGUAAUAAAAUAAUGAGAAAUAAUAAUAAAUAUAAAAAGAACUUGAUGAAAUGAGAUAAAAGAAAAGAAGAUGUAAAAUGUUACUUAAAGAUAUCUUUUUAAAACAAUUAUAAGAUUCAAAUAAUUCUCUUGUUCCUGAAGGUUUAGUUAGUAUUAUUAAAAAUAUGAGAAAGAUUAAUGAAAGUGCUAAACCAGAAUAUUUCCCUAAAUUUUUAGAUGAAAUUUCUAAGAAUUAUUUAUUAUUAGCAGCUCACUUAGAAAUUGAAAUAGAAGAAACUAGAAUAUUAUCUCAAAAAUAUAAUCAAUAAUAAUUAUUAUAACGUACAACUAGUGCUAGAUAGCAUAUUUCUACUUAAAGAUAAUAAAUGAAUGUAUCUGAAAUUAAAAAUUAAGUGAAAAUUAUGUUAAAGAAAAGUAAAGUAUCUAUUAAGAAACCUGUAUUUGUUUAAGGCAUUGAUCCAAUUAAUCCAACAUAAAAUGCUCAUAUUAUUAAAUGGGAACAUUAAGAUUUAGAACACUAAUAAUUAAUUGAACCUAUUGAAAAUAAUUUUAAAAAUUAAAAUAUAUCUUCUGAACGAAACAAUAUUAUUAAAGAUUACAAUUAAAAAUUAGUUUAAUUAUAAUAAUAAUUAGAAUUUGUUACAAAUGAAGAAUGUUAACGUAUUUUAAAAUCUUAUUCUAAUAAAAAAUUAUUAUCUGAUAUUUAAGAAUUGAAAAUGGUUAUGUAUGCAUUAUUUGGUUAAACAUUUGGAGAUUAAUAGUGGAUCCAAUUUGUUGUAGAUUGGACAGAAUAAAAAUAAUUAAAUCCCUUAUUUGUAUUAAAAUAAGAUGAACAAUCUAAAUAAAGUGAUACACGUAAAGAUUAACAUUCAAUAUCAGACAAAAUGAAAACUAAAGUAAAUCAAACAUUGAAAAAAUUAACAGAAGUUACUAAUGUUGAUUAUAAUUUUGAAUUAAUUUAUUGA